CAGAAGAGACCUCCACCACACACCCACUGAGCUCGCCUCCAAUCUCCCCAAAUAAAUGCAGACGAACCUACUCUUACCAGCGGCGCAGCCACCGGUUAGCUCGUUCAUUGCUGGAGUAUAGUUAGAGUCCAUACGACACUUCUCCCACUACGAUUUCAGUACAGCAGGUUUUAGCAGAUGGGGUUUGACAGGAAUACUAGGCAGUUCAUCGAUCUGUGUAGGCAACUUUUUUUCUGGAGGAUCAUCAUACGGACGCCUGCAAACGGAUCCACGAUGCUCCCCAUGCAGGACUGGUCUACGGCGAGGGUACUCUUCGACGACGAUAAUGCCGACCAGCACCGCGCAACCUCAAACGCAGAUGUGAAUCUCCUGGGAACAAUGAAGGCAGCCACCGAACAGAUCCAGACUGCUGUGUCGUCGUUGGCGCAGGCGACCAGCUGCAUGGCCACCUUAGCAGCAUCAUUAAACCAGGUACAGUCGGCUGCAGACGAGAAAAUAGUCAGUGUAAUGGAAGCGGUCAAAGCCAACACGGACGGCGUUAACGAGCUGGUCAAGUUUCUGAAGUCGGACCAGAAGAACAGGGGAAAAAAGGGUGCCAACGGAGAUAAGGCAAUUGAGUUUAACUGGAUGUUAGGUCACGGCACAGCACCUAAGAGGGGCAAGAGGGCUACAAGCGACCAGAAUAAAUUUGAAAGGCUGAAAGUUCACAUGAAAGCCAAUGCAACCUGGUUCGUCUACAACUCAACACCGGAGGAGCUUGCAGAGACGUGGAUCGAAUUCAGGGACACUCCAAUGGCGUCAGUUGAUGGCCUGCACCUAAAGCAGAUGCUGUGCUGUAAGGAAGAGAUGGACGAAAACAUGGGUCAGAUAGUGGUGAGGAUCCUUAGGAACGACGAAUCUGAAAAGAGGGCUGACGUUCAUGGCAACUGCCACUUUGUGCUACACACCUGGGCGGACCAGGUCAUGGAUCCUAAUUCCACGAUGGAUUCUUGUGAAGAAAUUUUCCUUGCACCACAGUUUCAGUAUGACAUAUCGAAUUGUGGAAAGGUUGUUGCAAUGAUAAAAUACGCGGACUGCUGGGCGUCUGUAUCGAUUGACAUGAUCAAGUGCAUUACCUAUCUGAUCCACCCAGCUUUGUCGGCUAAUCCUCACCACCAAGUAUUGGAAGUUUUCCAGCCAUCUAUGCAAAGGCUAACUGAAUUUGCAUGCGCACACAUCAAGAAUGUCACAAACAGAGUCAUCCCAGAAAUCUCCUGGAAAUUUGACGUCGCUUUGAAGAAACAGCACAUCAUGCAUGGACCUGACACAGGCGUGAGCACGGCGUACUUCAGCGUACCAAAAGUCAACCAGUUUCUGAGUGUUACCCCGGACACAAUAUACCUUGCAAAGCUGACAUUCAUAUACAAGGGGAUCAUAGCUGCCUACACAAUAACGAAGAAAACGGUGCAGGGGGGGAAGAAGCUGACUACCAAGAAGAGAAAGUCGGACGGAGCUGUCAUACAGCACGACAAGAAGAGCUUCUACACCAGCGAUGGCGGGAACAACGUCCCACCGGAACAAGCAUUCUCAUACCUAGUAUGAGAAUUAUCUCCGUCCUCAACGUUAAGUCAUUGGCGUCGUUUGCCGUCCUGCACGGACGAUUGUUUGUUCCGCCUAUCUACUAGCAGUAUGGUUAGAAGAACUAGUUGCAGGCUUUUUGAGUUUGCAGUGUUUUAUACACGAACUCACGUCCAGAACUGUUAAGUAAAUCGUGUAAUGCUUUGGUUAACGUUGCCGGCGACCUUGUUUAAUUGAUACGCCACUUGCCACGAUUUAUUUGC